GGGACGGGGAGGGACCGAGCGGCCGGACAGAGCGCGGGGCCGGGAACUGCCGCCCGCUGGGGCGCGGAGCCUGGAGGCUGGGCAGGCUGACGCGCUAGUAGCUCCGUCCUCCGCCCUGCAGCGCAGGGUCCCGCGGCCAUUCAGCAUGUCCCAGCGGUACUCGGACAGCUCCGUGGAGGAGAAGCUCCUGGAAUACCGCUUCCACUCGGAGCUGCGGCUAGAUGCCAAGGGGAACCCAGCAUCUGGGCUCCCAGUGGUCCGCAGCUCCCUGCACAGCAGGAGCAAUGCCGCCUUCCAGCCAGACACCCCAGAGCCUCCGGAGCCGGCCCCCGAGUCCCAGGAGCCCAGGACCGUCAUCCUGAGCACGCAGAGCCCAGCAGCCCUGAAGAUGGGCACACAGCAGCUCAUACCUCGGAGCCUGGCCGUGUCCAGCAAGGCUAAGACCCCGGCCCGCCACCAGAGCUUCGGGGCAGCCAUGCUCAGCAAGGAGGCUGCCCGGCGGAACCCCCAGCUCCUCUCGGCCCCCAGCUUCUCCCUGGAUGACAUGGACUUGGACACGGGUCCCGGGGGGAUGCUGAAACGAAACCUGAGGAACCAGUCCUACCGGGCAGCCAUGAAGGGCCUGGGGACUCCGGGCGGCGAAGGGGGCCCUGCCAAGCUCACCCCCAAGCUCCAGGCUCUGGCUGAGGAGCCUAGCGAACCUUCUGCUCGACCUGCAGCCAAAAAUAAGAAGGCGCUGGGGCGGAAACGUGCCCACAAGGGCUCCUUCAAAGACGACCCCCGGUUGUACCAGGAAAUCCGGGAGCGAGGCCUGAACACCAGCCACGAAUCUGAUGAUGACUUGCUCGAUGAGCCCCCCAGCCCCGAGGGAACCCGGAAAGUGGACGCCCCCAUUGUGGUCAAGAGCUACCGGCCCCCCCAGAUCACCUGGAGCCAGCUCCCAGAGGUGGUGGAGUUGGGCAUCCUGGAUCAGCUUCCAGCUGAGGAGCGCAAGAGGCAGGAGGCCAUCUUCGAGAUCCUCACGUCCGAGUUCUCAUACCAACACAGCCUUGGCAUCCUGGUGGCCGAGUUCCUGCAGUCCCGGGAGCUGCGGGCAACCAUGACCCAGAUGGAGCACCACCACCUCUUCUCCAACAUCACAGAUGUCCUGAGCGCCAGCCGGAGGUUCUUUGAGGACCUGGAGCGGCGACACAAGGCACAGGUGUGCGUGGAGGACAUCAGCGACAUCCUGGAGGAGCACGCAGAGCAUCACUUCCACCCCUACAUCUCCUACUGCUCCAACGAGGUCUACCAGCAGCGUGCCCUGCAGCGGCUGACAAGCAGCAACGCCACCUUCCGGGAGGCCCUGCGGGCAAUCGAGCAGCGGCCGGCGUGCGGGGGUCUGCCCAUGAUUUCCUUCCUGAUCCUGCCCAUGCAGAGGGUCACCCGGCUGCCCCUCCUGACCGACACACUCUGCCUCAAGACACAAGGCCACCCCGAGAGGUACAAGGCAGCCAGCCGUGCGCUCAAGGCCAUCAGCAAGCUGGUGAAGCAGUGCAAUGAGGGCGCCCACAAGAUGGAGCGCACGGAGCAGAUGUACACGCUACACACACAGCUGGACUUCAGCAAGGUCAAGUCCCUCCCGCUGAUCUCUGCCUCCCGAUGGCUGCUGAAGCGUGGGGAGCUCUUCGUGGUGGAGGAAACUGGGCUGUUCCGGAAACUCGCCAGCCGGCCCACGUGCUACCUGUUCCUGUUCAAUGACGUCCUGGUGGUCACCAAGAAGAAGAGCGAGGACAGCUUCGUGGUCCAGGACUAUGCCCAGGUGGACCACAUCCAGGUCCAGAAGAUGGAGCCCUCGGAGGCCUCUCUGCCUGGGGGUGGCAACCGCAGCUCCUCUGUUCCGCACCCCUUCCAGCUGACCCUCCUGCACAACAGCGAGGGCCGCCAGGAGAAGAUCUUGCUGUCCUCCGACUCCGCGAGUGACCGCGCACGGUGGAUCACGGCACUUACGCACCGGGAGAGGCAGGCGCGGGGCCCCCCGAACAAAGGAGACCUACUCCAGGUGGAGAUCACUAAGGCCUACCUGGCCAAGCAGGUGGACGAGAUCACACUACAGCAGGCGGACGUGGUCUUGAUAUUGGAGCAGGAAGAUGGAUGGCUCUACGGCGAGAGGCUGCGGGAUGGAGAGACGGGCUGGUUCCCUGAGGACAUCGCCCGGAGCAUCACCAGCCGCGUGGCUGUGGAGGGCAACGUGCGCAGGAUGGAACGGCUGCGUGUGGAGACGGACGUGUAGCCGGGUCUGCCAGCACCUCGCCAGGCCAGGCUGCGGCCGUGCAGUGUCAGUCCAUGCUCCAGCAAGUGGCCCCACCUGUUCCUGGGGAGCGUGGUGGGCUGGCCCCUGGGGCCUGAAAGGUCCAAGGCCCGGUGGGCUGCAGCAUGGGCUCUGGACACUUCCAAGGAGGAUGGUCACACACCCUCGGGGGAGCAUUCUCCAGGCGAGCUCGGGAGCCAUGCCAGCCCUGGCCCCAGGCUGUGUCCCCAGAGGAGCCCUGCCUGACCUGCUUGCUGGCCUCACCCUCCCCCAGCUCCUGGCUGCCCUGUCCUGUCCCCUGUGCACCCGGGGGCAGUUAGGCAGAGGGCGUGUGAUCGAGGCAGAUGGACCUGAGAGAGCGGGAAUCACCUGGAGGGGUCUCCCUCCCACGCCUGUCCUGCCCCAGCCUUAGUGCCCACAGCUGCCCCGUGUUCCCAGAGGUGACCCUGCGGUGCCAGCACUGAAGUUGUGACUUUGAGACAUUAAAGUAUUUCUUUGGCACCUGGAUUUGCACAUUUGUGAGCUCUAGCAAAGGCUACAGCAGUCCCUGCAAAAUUCCCAAAGUUCCAUGGGCCAGAACUGGGCCCCCCGUGUGUGGUCAACUGCUGGGCCCCAGGAGCUUGUCUGGGCCCACAUUCAUGGUCACCCUGUGCCAGUCCUUGGCCCUGCCCAUCUGUCCACCUGCAAUGUUAUAUACAGGGUCAUUCCCAUGAAGCCCCUUGAAGCUGAGCCUGGUCAGUGGGUCUGGGGACUCGGGGACAUGGCAGAACCUGUGGCAGAGCCCUACUAGGGUGUACCCCCAUCCCUCACCUCCCUUAAUGGCCCCACUUCCCAGCCAAUCUGCUUGCCAAGGACCCUCUGGUACUUGCAGGUGGGUAGAGGUGGGCUGGCCUGGGCUCAGGGCAGGGGGAGAAGUGUCCUGCUCCCCAGGAGAGGGUGAUGGCCAGCUGGUGGCAGGGUGCUGCUGGGCUAGGUGUGAGAAGGACAGGUCCACUUUCCCAGGAAGCCCCCUGCCAGCCCUGCCAAUUUCCAGCCCAUGCCCAGUACCUCUCUCUGCCCUGGCAGCGCUGUCCUUGGGGUGGGGGCUCCCAGUGUUCUGACGAUCUGCCAGAGCCCUGCUGGAGCCCUGUCAUGCUUAUGACAGCUGGGGUGUGGAUCCCUGCCAUGACCAGCGGAGGGUGACUGGGGGAGACCCGCCCUCUGUUCCUUCCACCCAUCCCUGGGGCUGGCUGCAGGAGGAAGGCUGGCAGGGGCCUGAACUGGGUGAGGCUGAUCCAGGCUCCGCCCACUGAAUCUGGUGGUGGGGGUGUUCCACACCAGGAGGGAGGGGCAGCUCCUUCCUUUAACCUCCAAGGUGACCUCCAUGGCCUCUGGCAGCUGGAAGAGCCAUCCUGAGCAGAGCGUCUGCAGGAUGGUGCGGGGCCAGGCUCAGUGUGAGAGGCAUGAUCUUGGGGGUAGGAAUCACCAGAGGUCAGGCCCAGCUCCUCCCCCCUGGUCAGGUGCUCCAGGUCUAGGGGCUCCAUUUUCCUACCUGUGAGCUAACUCCAUACUGUUUUCUUGGAGCUGCUGAGGGGCAAUCUGGUGACCAGGGUGAAGAGCAAGGGUGUGUGUGUGUGCACAAGCACGUGUGUGCACCCUUGGCAGAAGCGGGGGGACAGUGUCGCUGUGUAAGCCCUGCAGCACCCCUGCCCCUUCUCUUCCCCUGACCCUCAGGUGGGCAGGCCAGCCCUUGCCCAUCCUUUUCCAGGCGUGUUUUUGGUAUGAUGGAAAAGCUCUGAGGCACGUCCUCGGUUACUGACCUGGGGUCUGCAGCCUCAUCUGGUUUCCUUCUGCAAAGUGGAUGCAGGUCCUGACAUGGGACCCCCGUCUGUGCCACACACCCCCACCCACUCCCACAGUUGCCACCCGUUCUCCCGGUCACUGGAACCCAGUGGACUUGAAGGCCGACCCUGAGAUCUUCUGAAACUGUGAAGGGCUUUACAUCUUUUCACCGGAUAAAUUCUGGUAUUUCUGGGGCCUGUUGCCAAGUCAAGUGGGAUCUGAUGUUGUAUUCUGUUUACUAGUGGCAUUGAAGAACUGUAUAUUUUUACGGGUUUUAUGCGUUUCCUAUCAUCUCUAUUUCAUGGCCCACUUUGCCAAAGUCUUAAACCCUACUCAUCUGUCUCCUGCUCUCUCCCCUUCCCCACAGGCCUGACACCUCUUACUUCUUUGUCUAAGCCAGCGCUGUGGCCUGGGGUCUCCCAGGUUCUGCUGGGGUCAGGAGGAGCAAGUGACGAUCUGAUUCUCCACCUUUGAGGGAAUAUGUUCGUUCUUCCCACGAGGGUUACUGGGCCUGACCCAAGUCCUGUCUGAGGGGCCCAGCAUGACUCAAGCCAAGCCUCCGCCCCCAGUCCCAGGAAGGAAACAGCCUGUCAUUUCAUGGCUGUGGAGACCAGUAAUGGGGGAGGGAAGGCAGGAGCCCAGGGAGGGGACAAGGAGCCCCGGGCGGCCUCCUGGGACUGAGAUCCGGAAUCCAUCGCCUUCCCAGAUCGACUCGCAGAAGAUUCUUGGCACGCAGCCAUCAUCUAGAAAGCGCCUCUCUAUAUCUGUUUUCUAGGAACUUUCAUCAGAAAGAGGUGCUG